CAAACCUAGAUGUAUUUGUUGUGGGACUGUUCAUGUGGGCUACAAACUGUCAAACCCGCGUAAUAAUACGAUGAUGCAAAUUACUUGAUUAUUUGCAACAAAUCAGGUAUCAGGUAUCACUGCUUUUUAAUGUGACAGGCAGAUUUCAGAAGACUAAAAUGUGAAAAUUUUAUCUUAAUGGUAGCCUACUGCGAUGAAAAAAAAAAAAAAAAACAAUUCUGAUGUGCAGUCAGGCUUAAACCAAUGCAUGAAAGAGACCUGCUGUAGCCUAUUAUUUGCUAUACGUAAAAGUAGUUAGUUAAAAGGUCGUUUCCAAAACGUAUUUGACAAAAUUGUUGCAUUCUCGAUUCAACAAAUAUUAUGCUGUUUAUAGUUUGUUUACAAGUCUUUUUCAUGCAACUCACUCCUCAAAUAAUAGGCGUGUGUAAAUGUGAUAGGGAGGUGCGGCCAGAGUACCGAGAACAUGAGCGAAAAGUUCCACCCUCACUAAGGAAAACAAAAGUUUGAGUUAAAACAUGGUCACGGCGUGCAUUCAGCUGCAGCACCCAUAUGGAUUAGCCUAAUUCUCGCUGUACAAAAGAUGAGAGUGGAUACUACAUACUGGGCAAUGUACUGGAAAAAUGAACAAACCACAUCGAAGGAAAAUCCAAGCGAGAACACUGAUAAAACCCAAGAGCUGUUUGAAGAGGUAUCGUGUUCGUCGUCGUCUUUGUCGCCCGGCUCUUCACUUCAUGCCAUGACAGAGAAAGCCAUCUGUACCAGCUGUGGCACUGAGAUCGUCGACAAAUAUCUGUUGAAGGUGAACGACAUGUGCUGGCACGUGAGAUGCCUGUCGUGCAGCGUGUGCCAAACAUCUUUGGGCAGGCACAUCAGCUGUUAUAUAAAAGAAAAGGAGAUAUUCUGUAAAUUGGACUACUUCAGGAAGUAUGGAACACGUUGUGCUCACUGUGGUAGGAACAUCCAUUCAAACGACUGGGUCCGCAGAGCAAAAGGAAACACCUACCACCUGGCUUGUUUUGCUUGCUUCUCUUGCAAGAGACAGCUGUCCACAGGAGAAGAGUUUGCCCUGGUAGAUGAGAGGGUUCUGUGUCGUGUGCACUACGACUGCAUGUUGGACAACCUGAAACGUGUCAUGGAGAAUGGAAAAGGAGUGAAUGCGGAGGGAGGUGUUCCCUCAGAGCAGGAAGUAAAUCAGCCUAAACCAGCCAAGAGGGCACGGACCAGUUUUACAGCUGACCAGCUACAGGUAAUGCAAGCCCAGUUUGCUCAGGACAACAAUCCAGAUGCCCAGACUUUACAAAAGUUGGCAGAAAGAACUGGUCUAAGCCGGAGGGUUAUUCAGGUUUGGUUUCAGAACUGUCGAGCUCGUCAUAAGAAGCAUGUUAGCCCAAAUCACUCUUCAGCCGCACCAGUGUCGUCUCUGCAGUCCACUCGGCUUUCUCCUCCUCUAAUAGAUGAAUUUCAGUACACUGCUUUUGCCCCUGUAGACACCCCUAUGCUGACUGCGCUACACUCCUACAUGGAUGUCCACUCUCCCUCUUCAUUGGUUCUGCAACCUCUCUUGCCCCACUCAAUGACACAGCUGCCCAUCAGCCAUGCCUAAGAUGUCCACUGUUGCCACACGGUCAGAGUCCAGAGGACAGCAUGAGGAAAUAUUGAUUCUUAUACUGACUAUUGAACAAGACCCAUGCUACUUUCUUUCAUGGGCACCUACUGAAGGAUAUCGGUCUUGCAAUGUUUAAAGUCUUAAUUGUGAAAAGCCUGAAGUUUUUGUUUAAUAUAUAAAUAUAUUAUCUAUAAAGUGAUGGAAUAAAUUUCAUUUAAUUUA